AAAGAAGAAGACGAAGAUUCGAUGUGCGCAUGCGUAUAAUUUCUCCAUCGACUACAUUUCGAUUUUUCGCUAAACAUCGAGUAUAAUGCAAAUGAAUGCUCGGUUGUUCCCACCGUGCUCUAUGUCGACGACACUAUUUGAGUUUCCGAGCGACCUUAAUCCCCGUUUUGAGUAUCGUCGCACGGGAGUCUUUGUUAAAAACUCAACUACCCAUCAGCCCCUCUGUUUAUUGUCUCCAGUCAGGCGCUCGUUCAGCUCUGCUGACUGAGGAGCGAGGACACUAGCGGCUACUUUGGGACACUUGAGCAAUUGCUCGACUGCACUCGAGCAGCAGCUCUUCCCCGGGACGCGAGUCGCCAGCGAUGGGACACUUGUAGCGAGUGACCGCUGACACGAACCGCGCUCAGCCAGUCCACCAUGAUGUCCAUGACUUUUGGGGUGUCAAGCAGCGUGACGCUGCUGUUUGACUUCUGGAGAGUGCACGGGCCUGCAGGGAUGGUGCUGUCGGUGUUUAUGGUCUUGCUGCUCGCGGUCUUCUUCGAGGUGCUCAAAGUGUGGAGGGUGUGGCUGGGGAGCAACGCCAGGCUGGCUCCGCCUCCGCAGCCGUACGCAGCCCCCCAAUCCUUCGGCGGCGACAGCAUCUCCGUCGUGGAGAGCAGCCCCUCGGAGUCCUCGCUUACCCCCAUGCAGUCACGCCCCCUCGCUCUGAACACCAGAAAACGCUGGCAGCUACAUGGCAUCCAGGCAGUCCUCCACAUGCUGCAGGUGUCUCUGGGCUACAUGCUGAUGCUGUGCGUCAUGUCCUACAACACCUGGAUCUUCCUCGGGGUCAUCGCGGGCUCCCUCCUCGGUUACUUCAUCUCAUUCCCUCUCCUGGGUCACAUCUGACGCUAUGGACAGUUCAGAGGAAGCUUAUUUUCUAUUCCUUAAAAGGGAUACUCGGGAUACUAAAUGGCGAAACUACUUGAUUGACUAAUUUCAGCUUUUUCUUUCAGUUGCUAACAUUACGCGGGGGGGGGGAUUCCUUGUAUGCUCACGAAUAAGCUUCACAAUACUGUCGCAUACAUCUCAUCUGGAUGUGGGAACGGACAUGUUGGUGCACAGAAUCGUUCUGACUGUCAGUCGUCUGUCUCUCUGGUUUGUGACCGCGGGACUCGAUUUAUUAAUGUAUCUCCAAAACGAUAUUCAGAGCGUUUGGAUAGCAACAAAACAAAAACUACUACUUGCUAUGUGAAUAUAGUGCAUUAUGUCUACUGAGCGGAGAUGAAAGUCCUGCUGUGUUGUAAUCCAAUAUUCUCUGGGCUUUGUCUACAUAGUGCAACAGGCCCAACUGUGUUUACCUGACGGGUUUAAUGGGUAUGAAAACAAAGUUGUCACAUUUUAAACAAACGGGGCUGUUUGCCUGAACUCUAAUCUUUUUUUUAUUAUUAUUUUUUUAUCCAAACGUAUCGUCCACAGCAGAGGAACAACCCAUAGCCGUGAUGGGAGUCAUGCAUAGCUUGUGCCUUAUUACUGUUUUGUUUUUUUCAAACUUCGAACUAACUAACAAUUAAAGGUGUUCUAACAAUAAGGAUGAUUAAACAUGUAGAUUUUAAUAAAGAUUGUUCUGCCUUUU